ACCAGAUAGACAGCUCAGGGAGCCAACCACAUCUAUCAUCUUGAAGCCAUUAGACCAAUUGCAGAGUGAAGGGGGAGGGAGCUUGCCGCACUGAUCUCUGCUUGCAGCAUCCCCAGAGCAGCCUCUGUUGUGUGAAAUACAAGAAAGGGCAAGACGGGGGGAGUGGAUCCUUGGAGGCAACCAGAGAACAGAAAAGGGAUCUCUCGGAGCCCGCUGGGAUAGGGUUACUUUGGCGUGCGGAGUCCAUCUUCAGAGAAAAUGGCUGUUUUGUCAGUGUAAACAGCCUGUGCAGUACCUGCAUUGCUAAAGGGGGAAGCAGAAGAGGAGGGGGCGGAGGAGGAGGAGGAGGAGGAGGAGGGGCGGACACUGGAGGAAAUGUUGCCUCUUCCAAUGAAAUUUUCCCCUCUGUAGCUAGCCCCGGCCUGCUGCAGCUCACCUCUGAACCCAUGCAUGUUACAUGUUAAGUUUUAAGUUUUGUUGUCCAGAUCGUACGGCCAACAGACCCCUGACCAGAGGGAUGACAUCUGUGCCAAUCAUGAGACACACUAGAGACUGAGCGACACGACGACAUCCACACACAGAUUCAGAAACACACCAGUUUGGUUGAAACAGUUAACACCUGACCAUGGCUGUAACUGCAGCUAAGACAACUACCAGUUUUGUUUCCACAACUGCCACGACCACCACAAUCCCCUUCCUCUCGAUGGGCACGAGCGCCAGAGACAAUGUCACCGCCAGAACGACGCUAAUGACUGUUACUAUAACAACAAACGAGACCAGCUUCAACGCCACCACGUUUCCAGAAGCAGUGAUGGAGGGUUCAGGAAUGGGAAUGGUGCUUGUGCCCUUUGGCAUCAUCACCGUCAUCGGCUUAGCAGUGGCAAUAAUGCUGUACAUCCGGAAACGGAAGCGGUUGGAGAAGCUGAGGCACCAGCUCAUGCCCAUGUACAACUUUGACCCGGCUGAAGAACAGGAUGACCUGCUGGAACAGGAACUACUGGACCACGGUCGGGAAGGCAGCCUCGCGGGUCCCAAUGCCAAGUUUUGACUAUGGCGUAUCAGUAAAAGACAAACAUGACUCUCACAACCUCCCAGGGGACCACGCAGAGGCCCAGUCGUCUGGUCUUCACAGAUGUAGCCAAAGCUCUCAACGCUUAACAGUUGUCUUCCAUUAGCUGAUUUCAGUUUGCUGAGGGUGGGGUCAGGGGGGGUGGCCUCACCCAGAUAUAGACUGUCGCUCAGGAAGGAAAACAAAAGGGAAAACUGGACUGUUAUUGGGAACAACUGGAGCUUUGGUGAACGUUUUUAUCACUACAACUUUGUACGUGAAGUGGCAGUGGUUUUCAAAUUAUGAAAAAACAAAACAUAGGGUGCAUGUACGAUAAGGGAGCAGAACGCGAAGCAUCACAUAUGAUCUUGCACUGUUACCAUUUGGCGCACAAUUGCUGUGUGAUGCACUUUUCUUAUAAUCAUGUUGUGUCAUUGUUGUUUAAACGUUUGCUAGCUCAUCAGUGAAGUUCUCCAGAGCUUCGAUAUCUACUUCCAUGUUUGAUAUGAGAGGAGUGUAAAUUUGUGUUUUACUGAAUUUGUGGUCUUAAUGUCUCUGACAAGCUUGAACACUGGAUGUGUCACCAUCCUCCGAGUGAACUGUCCCUCUGCCAUUUUGUUUCUUCUUUAUUAAGUAAUGAAGGAUUGAUUCUCUCUGUAUACAUUAAAACUAUUUAAACCUGUGAAAAAAAA